GUGUUUUAGGGCAGCUAUAUUUUCUUGUGAGUUCCUUGCAUUGUAAAACAGCGUCUCAACAUGAGCACAGUUUCACCAGCUUCUCUUGAAGAACUAUGCCUGAGCUUUAUCAGUGCUAACAUUGAAGAUUUAUGCCACAAAGAUGUUAAAGGUGUCCAGUUCGACGAGGUUUCUUUUCAAAAACUUAGUUUUAUUUCUCCGUUAUUUCUCCCCGAACAACUGGCAGACAAUAUUUUGAGAUGUCUCUCAUGUGAUGGAAUACUGACAGAUAGGACAGCAUCUCUAUUUGUUGAUCCGAGGAGUUGUAGAAUCAGAAAGUUCUACCUCAGGAAAUGUCAGCUGAGUUUUUCAAUGCUGAAACUACUCCUUGGAAAACAUAAAGUUGUGAAACUAGACUUAACUGGAACAAAAACGUUGCCCUCGCCGUCUUUAUUUUAUCAACUGCUGAAUGGAAUGUCAUCGACAGUGAGGGAGUUAAAUUUGAGCUGCACAUCAUUUGUCUUGGACUUUGCUGCCAUGAAGCCACUAAACUGUUUGACCCAUUUGGAUGUGAGCCAUUGCUCUCUUAUAAACGACCACUUGAUGACAGUUGCUGCACAGAAUUUGGAUUGUUUACAACACAUUAAUAUCUCUAACACUGCGAUAAGACAUGUCUCUUCAUUCGGGAAACUAAGAGGUCAACUGAAGACAUUAAUCGCUUUUAACACAUCAAUAGCACGAACAAAACCUGCGGAGUUUAAGGACUUUGCAUUAUUACAAAAGCUUGAUAUUUCAAGAAGUUUUCAUAGUAAUUUGCGCUACGAUGGGACAAUUGAUGAAAUGCUUACAGACCAAUGUAUGAUGCCAAACCUGGUCUCUUUGGAUGUUUCAGGUGUUUCCACAGUAACAGCAGAUGCUUUGCAUUCAUUUCUUUUUUCUCAUCCUAAACUCCAGUUCCUUGGCCUUUGUUUUACAUCACUGAAAUUACAAGAACAUCUGGAAAGAAUUUCUCCUUCUAUUAAGAUCAUGGGUGAAGCUACAGAGAAACAGAUCCUUUCUUCAUUACAAAUGUACCCAGACAGAGCUGAUUACAUGAGAGAAGCUCUGCGUGGAUUGUUUCGAAUCAGUAAUGAUUGGACAGCAAGAAAACCACAAGUUCUAGAGCUUGUUCUUACUCCAAUGGAAAAACAUCCAGAUGAUCUUAACAUUCAAAUGGCAGCUACAGCUUGUGUAUUUAACAUUAUCAGAGAAAGAGGAAGAGAAGCAGACCCACAAGUGCAUCCUCGUUUCUUAAGUAAAGUUGCAUCUUUGGUUCUAUUAACAAUGAGAACCUUCUUAGUCAAGCAUCAGCUUUUGAGGAACUGUCUGUUAAUUUUGGAGUCACGACAAGUUCUCAAAAAAGCAACAUUCAACUAUUUUGAAGCAUCACUCUUAGCUAUGGACUCUCUGUGCGACUUCCCUGGUGACCAGGAUAUUUCUCAGCUUGCUACAAAGCUAUGUGCAAUUCUGUCCGCUAAGCUGACCACACAAGAAACACUUGCUCUUGGCUCGGAGAAAAACAUUAUGACCAUGUUUAAUAUUGUUCAAGAAAAGAUCAGUGCAAGUCAGGAGGAUUUCACAUUGAGUUUGGCACUUACUGUUCUAUGGAACUUAACUGAUGAGACACCUAGCACUUGUUUUCUGUUUGUUGAGAAAGGAGGUUUACAAUUGAUAGCACAAGGCCUGAAGGUGUUCAGAGAAGGAAGCCAAGAGAAAAAUGUCAUUAUCAAAAAGAAGCUUCUCGGAACACUGAACAAUAUAGCUGAGAUUCCAAGUCUGAGGCAUUUACUCAUCACAGAUGAAUUCAUGAAUCUUUUAGGGUCUCUCCUGGAUGACGGGCUUCUCCAGUUGUCCUAUUUUUGUGGUGGAAUUCUGUCCAAUGUUAUGCUGGAGUGGUCUGAUGAUAGAGAGCAUCUGUCACACAGCAAACAGUAUAUGCUUCAGCGGUUGGAACAAGCUGUGAAAAGUUGGGAAUUUCCUGCAGACCAGCUUGUUGCCUAUAGGUCAUUCAAACCUUUUGUCACACUCCUCCAGUGUGCUUUGCCUGCUGUACAGAUGUGGGCUUUGUGGGCAAUUGUACAUGUCUGCACCAGAAAUGAAAAACAUUAUGCCCCUCUUCUUUUUGAUGGAGAAAUCCUGGAUAUUGUUCAGAGGGUCUUAAAAACAUCACACGAUGGAGUCAGAGAGCUGGCACAGAAGCUUUUAAAUACUGUGGCCAAUUUUGAGUCAAGUCAGAGAACGAUUAAGUCUUAACUCUUUUGAAGAGACCUUAAAUGACAACCUUAUAAUAUUUGACUUAGAUUAAGUUUAUUUUUUGUAGCUUAAAAGCGGUAUUGUCAAUAAAAUAUUUUCCUUGGGCA